AUGGAGUUAUCAAAAUCAGUAGUGAAAUAUUGUCACGGAAACCCGUUAGCCCUAGUAGUGCUGGGUUGCUUCCUCUACGGCCGACAAAAAGAAGAGUGGGAAAGUGCAUUGGAAAAACUAACUCAAGCUCCACCAAAGGACAUUGUUGAUGUUCUGAAGUUGAGUUUCGAUGGACUUGAUGACAAACAGCAGAAUAUGUUUCUUGACCUAGCAUUCUUAAUCAAGCAAGGAGUUCGUAUUUCUUUGAAGCUAAUGAGACAAUUAUAUUGCUCUUCUAUGCAUAUUGAGAUAAGUGUUCUUAGAGAAAAGUCCCUCAUUUCAUUUAAUAAUCAUAAUGACAUCAUUGAGAUGCAUGAUCUUGUGAGGGAAAUGGGUCUUGAAAUUUCAAGCCAACAAUUAUUCUCUGGUCGUAAAAUCCCUGUUCGACUAUGGAGGCACGAGGACACUUACCACUUUUUCCACAAUGACCAGGCAAUUGAGGCAAUUCGAUGCAUGUCGUUGGAUGCAAGCAAGAUAGAAAGCAUCACAUUGAUGGCUAGUCAUUUUCGAAGGAUGCAUUAUUUAAUGUCCCUUCAAGUUUACAAGUCAGAUCGGGAAAAGCCUUCAAAGUUGAAUAUUUGUGAACCGUUGGAUUAUCUUUCUAAAGAAUUAAGGUUUCUUAGUUGGGAAGAAUAUCCACUGCCAUCUGUGCCAUUACAAUUUUGUGCUAAGAAUCUCAUUGAACUUAAUUUGCCUGACAGUAAUAUCCAACAACUUUGGGAUCAAGUACGUAUAGUUUCUCAUAUGUCAUAA